CUACUGCUGGACUGGGGGGCGCGUCUGGGCAGGAGGGGGGCACAGACCAAAUUUUGGUGACACUUCUGAGAAUUGGCCACAAGUGAAUGGAGCACACACCUGUGGGCUAAAAGUACAUACUGGAUGUGAGGAGGACAUCUUGGAGGCAGGGGCUGCAGCUGUAUGUGACGACUGGUGGGGUCACAUCUGGGGCAGUAACAGGUUGUCGGAGACACAUGCAGGGAGGAGGGAGGCACAGGCGCCCCAGGAUGGAGUCCCCACCCAGCACAGCGGGGCAAGAGGAGCAGGAGCUGCGGGAGCGUGCCUUCUUCUCAUGGGCGGAGUUCAGCCGCUUCUUCGAUGCGUGGUGCCAGCAGAGGCUGGCGCUCUUCUUCGUCAAGAGCUCCAUGCACCUGGCGCGCUGCCGCUGGGCCAGCGCGCCCCCACUCUACACGCUCAUCGACGUGCUCAAGUACAGCUACGUGCGGCUCGUGUGCAAGGACGUGCGCGCGCCCAGCCGGCCCACCGUGGGGCCCCCCCAGCCCGGCUGCCCGGCCUUCAUCAUCGUCAAGCUGAGCCCACUGCGGGACCGCCUCGUGGUGACAGAGUGCCAGCUGACCCACUCGCACCCGGCCUGCCCGCUGGAGUUUGCCUACUACUUCCGCCCGGGGCACCUGCUGGCCAAUGCCUGCCUGCCCGUGCGCACCACCAACAAGAUCUCCAAGCAGUUUGUGGCUCCAGCCGACGUGCACCGCCUACUCUCCUACUGCAAGGGCCGCGACCACGGCGUCCUGGACGCCCUGCACGUGCUCGAGGGGCUCUUCCGCACCGACCCCGAGGCCAAGGUGAAGCUGGUGUUCGUGGAGGACCAGGCGGUGGUGGAGACGGUGUUCUUCCUGACGUCGCGCACGCGGGCGCUGCUGCGGCGCUUCCCGCGCAUGCUCCUGGUGGACCGGCUGCCCGGGCUGCAGGGCGCGCUGGACCUGCUGGCGGUGCUGUGCGUGGACGGAGCGGGCCGCGCGCGCCAGGCCGCCUGCUGCGUGGCGCGCCCGGGCACGCCGAGCCUGCUGCGCUUCGCCCUGGCCUCGCUGCUGCAGAGUGCGCCCGACGUCAAGGGCCGCGUGCGCUGCCUGACCGCCGGGCCCGAGGUGGCGGCGCAGCUGCCCGCCGUGCGCCAGCUGCUGCCGGGCGCGCGCGUGCAGAUCUGCCGAGCGCAGGGCCUCGAGACGCUCUUCAGCAAAGCGCAGGAGCUGGGCGGCGCCGGCCGCGAGGACCCGGGCCUGUGGCCGCGCCUGUGCCGCCUCGCAGGCGCGUCGUCGCCCGCCGCCUACUCCGAUGCGCUGGCCGAGCUGCGCGCGCACGGCCCGGCCGCCUUCGUCGACUACUUUGAGCGCAACUGGGCCCCGCGCCGCGACAUGUGGGUGCGCUUCCGAGCCUUCGAGGCGGCCCGGGACCUGGACGCGUGCGCCCUGGUGCGCGGCCACCGCCGGCGCCUGCUGCGCCGCCUGAGCCCCUCGCGCAGCGUGGCGCAGUGCCUCCGCGAUCUGGUGGCCAUGCAGUGGGCCGAUGCGGCAGGGGAGGCGGCGCCCGAGGGCGCGGACAGUGGGGGGCCGUGGUCGGAGGGCGAGCCGGGGAGGGGAGCCCACGUGGAGAAGGAGAGGGGGAGGGGCCUGCAGAGCGGGGACUGGGGAGGAGCCCCCAAAGAAGGAAGUAUAUGGAGAGGCGCCCAGUUGGAGAAGGAGUGGCCCCGAGGUUUGGAGGCCAGAGACCGGGGAGGGGCGCAGUUAGAGAGUGAGAUGGGGAGAGGGUUGCAGAUCCAAGAUUGGAGAGAGGUCCAGGUGGAGAACCAGAAAGUGAGAGGGCUAGAAGGGAGUGUCUGGAGAGAGUCCCCGUUGGAGAACGAGCAGUGGAGAGGGCCAGAGAUCAGAGAUUGGAGGGGCGCCCCGCUGGAGGAUGAGAAGGAUUGGGGACCCGAAGGCUAUGUGCGGAGAGGCGCCCGGUUGGAGGACUACGGGCUGAGAGGAUUGGAAGGGUAUGCCUGGAGGACCGCCCAGCUAGAAGAGCAAAGGAUCAGGGUGCUGGAGACCACGGACUGGAGGGGGACCCAGCUUGACUCCGAGAGGGCCCGGAGUCUUGAGGGGAGCACCUGGAAGGGGGCCCAGCUGCAUGAUGAGAAGGCGCGUGGACUGAAAGCCAGAGAGUGGAACGGGCCCCAGUUGGAAGCCGAGAAGGGAAGAGGGCUGGAGGUCAGGAACUGGAGGGGGCGCCAUUUGGAGCUGGUCCCUGAGAAUGGAGACCAAAGGGAGCCCCAGUGGGGAGAUGAGAGGCAGAGAGGGCCAGAGAUGGGAGAAGAGAGAGGAGUGCGGUUGGGGGUCAAAAGAAGACGGGACCUGGAGGAUGUAGUGCUGGUCCAGCUGGGGGACACAAGGAUGGCAGGCCUGGAGAAUGGAGAGGGAGCCCCACCUGCAGGCCCCAAGAGCCAAGGAGGACAGGGGGUGGAGUGUGGGGGCACCGGAGGGAGGUGUCUCGGGCUGGGGAAUGGGGUCACGUGCAGCACCCCCGUGGGGACAGCACUUGAGGGGGACCCAGAAUGGGCAGGGACAAGGAGAGCAUACCUGGCCCCUGGGGAGGGCCCGCAGGAGGGAGGUGAGGAAGAUGGCCCGAGGGAACCGAAGAGGCCUUGCUGCCCCUCGGCAGAGGAGGAGGUGGACUGGGAGCCCCUGGCCAAGUUCCGGGCGGCCUGCGGGCCAGAGCUAGCAGAACUGGUGGCCGAGGAGCUGGCCUUUGCCAGGCGGCACGGUACCCGGGGUUUCCACUGGACUGGGGCUGGGUUUGCCCUUAAGGAUGGCACCUCGGACUUCUUCCUGGACAGGGCUCUGACACGCUGCAGCUGCUCCAUCCACGCCGCCCGACGUCUGCCCUGCCGCCACCUCUUCGCAGCGCGCCUCCUCACCGGGGCAGCCUUGUUCCACAUGGACCUGCUCAGGGACUGCUGGGGGAGAGCCCCAGAGCCCUGACCCUUCAGGCCCCUGCCUGCCACCCUCCGCUGCGAGGGCAGGAGGGCGUUCUUCGAUCCCAAAGAUAAUAGGGCUGAGGCCAAGGAGGCCACCCCAGUCCCUCUGGCCACCUCCUGUGUCAUCCAGAGACCUCACCUUGGCCGUUUGCCUCUCUGGGUCUGCGGGGAGGCUGACAGUGGUCUCCGAGGUCCUGGAGCCACAGUGUGGAAGAUGGUGGUGGCCAGGAUGGCUUCUGAGGGCUUCCCUCAGGAGAGGAAAUGUGUGAUGAGACGGGGGUAGACAGGGUCAGACCGGGGCAGAAGGAAGGAUGGGACAAGGCUGAGGGAGGGGGAGACACCAGGCUAUGGGGAGAGCCCAGGCAGGAGCAGAUGGUCAGUCCAGAGAGUACAGGGGCAAAGGAGAAAAGCAAAGGGGAAUGUAGGAGGACAAAUGAGGGUGGGGGUGGGGUGGAGAGAAACUGACAGGGGGACAAGCGGAGAAGAGAGGAUAAGAGGAGAGGCAGAAAUAGGGGGAAAGCAGAGGGAGGCAGGGGAGAAGGAGGCCAGGGGUAGAGGACAGAGAAAAAAAAAACAACACACGGAAAGGAAAGGUAUGGGAGAGGGGGAGAGAAGGAACAACGGAGUGAUUUGAGAGUCUCCAAAGCCUGGAGAUUUGGAUCCCCUUGGCCUUCUGGUUGGUCAUUUCCAGAAGAGACUAAAUGAGAAAAGGGGUUUCGGGGGAUGGGUCAGAGGCUCUGGACUAUUGUACUUCAAGAUUGGAAUAAAACAGUAUUAUUUUGGUUUC